AUGCCUUCCACGGUUGCUCCACUUCUCAUUGGAUUUGAGCAAAGCCAACGAUCCACUUCGACCACCAGUGUGACCGUGGCGGGCUUCGGCUUCAGGACAAUCGGCAGACUGGUCAACCACCCCCAAUCAAUCAACUGCCCAAUUCAAGCAACCACUUCGAACACCAGUCUGGCCGUGGCGGGCUUCGGCUUCAGGACAAUCGGCAGACUGGUCAAUCAACUUCCGGUCAACAACCACGUCGAACACGCACCCACUUCGAGCACCCACUUCGAGCAUCGACCACCAGUCUGA